AUGGCAUCGCCGCCCAAACCGUGGGAGAGGAACCGCACAGCCCCGACAGCCACUGCCACUGUGCCAAUGACGGUAUCGUCGACGACUCCGACACUCGCCGCGAUGGCCGCCUCCAAUCCCUCCACCACCAGCCUCGCGUCAGCCUCAGCGGCCGCGCCAGCCAUCCCGCCCAUACCCGCGUCCCUGACGGCAUCAGUCAACCAGAACGCGGCCAACUUCAGUCGCCUGGCCACUGCGUCGCCCGUCGGCGCUUCCCCCUACGGCGCCGGCUACGGCUCCGGCUAUUCCCCCUAUCGGUACGGCGGCUACGGUGGCAUGGGGUCCAUGGGGUCUAUGGGGUCCAUGGGUGGCAUGGGUGGCUACGGCAGCAGCAUGUACGGUGGCCUCGGCGGCAUGUAUGGCGGCGGCGGCAUGUACGGGGCCGGCGGCAUGUACGGCGGUGGCGGUGGACUCGGUGGCGGACAGCGCGACCCCAACGAUCCCAACAGCCUAACGAACCGAUUCGGCACGAGCACACAGGCCACCUUCCAGAUGCUCGAGGGCAUCGUGGGCGCUUUCGGCGGCUUUGCCCAGAUGCUAGAGAGCACGUACAUGGCCACGCACUCGAGUUUUUUUGCCAUGGUCUCGGUGGCGGAGCAGUUUAGCAACCUACGCGACACGCUCGGCUCGAUCCUCGGCAUCUUCACCCUGAUGCGCUUCAUCCGCACGCUGAUUGCUCGGCUGACGGGCCGGCCGCCGCCUGUGGACGCGAUGGCGCUGACCCCAGCGGCCUUUGAGCGGUUCAAGGCCGGUGUCAGCGGUGCCGGCGCCGAUGCAGCCGGCGCGGGUGGCAAGGCACCUAAGCCCAGCCGGAAGCCCCUGAUCGUCUUUGUGCUGGCCGCCUUUGGCCUGCCGUACCUGAUGGGCAAGCUGAUCCGGUCGCUGGCCGCGUCGCACGAGCAGGAGGGACGGCGACAGAUGGCCCUCGUGCAGCAGCAGCAGGAGCAGGAGCAGAUCGCCGGCGGACAGCUGGACCCGACCAAGCUCGAGUUCUGCCGCGUGCUGUACGACUACGCGCCCCAGCAACAACAGCUGCUGCAGCUCGCAUCGACCCCCGGCAUGGAUCUCGCCGUCAAGCGCGAUGACCUCGUCGUCGUGCUGUCCAAGGCCGAUCCGCUCGGCAGCCCGUCCGACUGGUGGCAAUGCCGCACGCGCGACGGCCGCGUCGGCUACCUGCCCGCCACCUUCCUGCGCCUCAUCACCCUGCCGUCACAGCCGCAGCAGGCCCAGCUGAUGCCGGCUUCGGCCGCACCGCCGCCAGCGCCGGUGAGCGUCGCCGAUAGCGCCGAGGGCGGCCCGCGCGGCCGUGCCAACACCAUUGUCAGCACUACCUCCAACACUACCGCUGCCGCCGUGGCUGUCGACCCUGUCAAGGCCGAAAAGGCCGCUGCCCAGAAGCAGAGCAAGGCCGCUGCCUUCGCCAAGUCGGCCCUUUACAAUUAG